GACGGAGUGGCUGCAGGAUGUGGAGCAGGGGAAGGCCGAGGCCGUGUGCCAGCGCCACAGCGGGAAGGGACGAGCCAUGCCAAGGUCGAAGAAUGACUCUGAUGGAGUCUCCCUGAAAGUGUUGACCAGCCCGUUCAACUCCCUGGUGCGGCUGCCCUGCCCGCAGGUCUCUGCCCUGGCCAACUACUCCUGGACCUACCCGGAAGGCGGCUUACCAUCCCAGGAGGGGCUGACCCUCCGAGACCACACCGGCCUGCUUGUCUUUGUGCACAGCCGCACGCUGGGCGAAUACGCCUGCUGGGCCAGCGAGAACGGCUACCGGCACCGGGUGGCCUGGUACGACGUGCGCAGCGACCUCCCCGUGGACGGCGCCAGCAGCGGCAAAGGCAGCCUGGAGCACCAGGCGGUGCCCGUGGGCGAAUGGCGCUCUUACUGGGUCCAGUUUGUGACCGUGACAGUCCUGCUCUCCAUGACCUUGGCAGUGGCCGUGGCGGUGGGCUUCUUCUCCUACCACGACAAGCUGAAGGCCAAAACCAAAGUGCAGGGUUGCAGCGUUCCCGAGUCCAGCAGGGCUCCGGUGCAGGAGAAGGCCCCCCUCAACGGCAGCCAGGGCCCCCCAGGAGGCGGGGGCUACCAGUCACAGGACGCCGCCGAUGGGACCAAAUCCUGCUGUGUCCAGGUGGAAGGUGGGAGCCGAGCCGUGGAUACGGACAACAACCGCCUGAACUGCCCCUUGAUGAAUGGGGAAGACACCCGAACUGGGGAGGCCAUUUAGCCCGCAGGACUUGGUGGACUCUCGGGCGAGCACCCAAGGCGCCUUGUGCGAUUGUAGCGCGGCUCCCAAACACGGCCGGGUUUUGCCUCUGGGGUCCGUUUUUAAACAUCGUUCGUUCUCGGUUGUGUUUUGUACGAGGCCACCCCAGCUGCAAAACUGACCCUGGAGAUCCAGACGGCUGGCUUCCUUCCUUCCUUCCUUCCUUCCUUCCUUCCUUCCUUCCUUCCUUCCUUCCUUCCCUCCCUCCUCCCUUCCCUCCCUCCCUCCCUCCUUCCUUCCUUCCUUCCUUCCUUCCUUCCUUCCCCACUUCCUUCCUUCCUGUCUUCUCCUGCAUAGCAGCAGGCAGGAGCUCCACUUGCUUCCUCACAGCCCAGCCUGCAAAUGUUUGCAGAGGAAGAACACAGCUGGGCUUUGGAGCGUUCUCUUUCGGGGAGCUCCCAGGGGACACCGGGGGAGGGGGGGAGGUUGGGGGUUGGGCGCCUUCUUAGAAAGACAACUGGCUGCUCAGGUGGGCGACUGGCCCCUCUGCCGACCUCCAGCAACCGUCAUGCGUUUACGCUUUCCCGGAGCAACGUUGCUCAGAUCUGGUCGACUUGGAAGAUGGCUAGACUUCAACUCCCAGAAUUCCCCAGCCGGCUCUGGGAGUCGAAGUCCGGCCAUCUUCCAGUUGCUGAGGUGUUGAGAAGCGCCGUUCUUGGGGUAAUUUUAGCCACUGGACGCAAUUGUGAGAACCACUAGAAGUCUGUUUCGACUGCAG